AUGGCGAGGAAGAAGGUGAAGCUCGCAUGGAUCCCCAACGACGCCACGAGACGCGCCACCUUCAAGAAGCGGAAGAAGGGCUUGAUGAAGAAGGUGAGCGAGCUCGCCACGCUCUGCGGCGUCGAGGCGUGCCUGGUCGUCUACGGGCCUCAUGAUGCGGCGGAUGCGGAGCCGGAGGUGUGGCCGUCGCCGGAGGAGGCGGCCCGCGUGGCCACGCGCUUAAGGAGCAUGCCGGACAUGGACCAGUGGCGCAAGAUGAUCAACCAGGAGGGCUUCCUCCGUUUGCGCGCCGGCAAGCUGCAGGACCAGCUCCGCCGCCAGGAGCGCGAAAACAGGGAGCUCGAAGUGAACCUCUUCGCCCACGAGAUUAUGGCCGGCGGGCGGAGCCUGGACGACGUCGGCCUAAACGACGCGGUGGUACUGGCGCAGAUGAUAGACAUGAAGCUGAAACUGGUGCAGAACAGGCUAGGAAAGGAGACGGUGAGGAUGCUGCCGUUUCCGGCGGCCGAGCCCGUGCCGUUGGAGAUUCUGCAGAGGAAAAACUGGUUCGUUGAGGAAGAUAUCAAACCGCUGACUUCUGGUGGGAGCAGCAUCAAUCCAUGGAUGAUCGGGGAAGAGGUGAUGCCAUUGUCCUACGUGGAGACGAUCAAACAGCCAUGGCUGGAACUGGAACCAGAAGGGAUCGCGCCAUUGUCGUACGUUGAGCCCAACUUCAAUCCAUGGAUGAUGGAUCCUAAUGGUCUUUUCAUCAACUGA